CCGCGUAGGCAAUUGUCCUCGAGGAAGAAAUCUACAAUUAAACCACAAUUACUCAAAACGAAUGUAAUCGGAGCAAAAGAGCCUGUGAACUCCUUGCCCUGGAAAGACGUCUUGAAGGAUGUGUCCAAAAGAAAAUUAGAAUCACAACCGAAGCAAUUACUGUGUAAAGUAUCCUACACUCCCAAACAUGAAAGUGCAAAAAAAUAUAUAAAUCAAGAUGUCUCAAGGAGUGAGCAAUCUCAGGCACAGCAAUUAGAAAUUGAAUCAUCCAGUAUAGUGUGUCUAUCUGACACAAACAUAGAAUUUAACAACAUUGGACAUAAUGGAAUAAAUAUAGAUUCAUUUUUGAAUGGAGCUGACAAACACAACACAACAUUCACCCUAAGCAACGAACAGGUGAAGGAAGAUUGGUGCCUUGAUUUGAUAAGUAGUAAUAAAGGAAUAGUUUUAAACACAUUAGAUAAUGGAUCUCAGUUAAACUGCGCGGGUACGAAUGCAGACCUCAUGGGAACAGUUGUGUCAACUGCUUUUGUCAUGGAUCAACAACAAAUACAAACAGCGGAGAGCACAACUUCUAGUAUUGUUUCAAUAGCACAGUCCCCUGAAUCGUUUACUAGUCAGGCUAUUAAAUUUAAGUGUGAUAUACAAAACUGUAAUAAGGGAUUCUGGAGUGCAGCUAAAUUAAUGAAACACAAAAAUACCCAUAACAAGCAAACAAGAUGGUCGGCUCAUAUCAGCGUUGAGUGUCCAGUUAAGAAGGUCAGGGAAGAUGGCAUAGAGAGAUGCGGGCAAAUGUUUGCGUCCCGAGAAAGCUUAUUAAAACAUUUAAACGAAGAUCACCAGCCUGAAGAUGCUCCAUACAGUUGUGAGGUGUGCGGUCGUCGUUUCUUCUGGUCGGUGGGUCUGCGCGCGCACGCCGGCUCGCGGUGCGGGCGCGGCGCGCUGGUGUGCGCGUGGGCGGGCUGCGGGCGCGAGUUCCGCCAGCCGUGUCGCCUGCGGGAACAUCUGCGGGCGCACACUGGCGACCGUCCCUACCAUUGCACUCACCCGAACUGCGGAUGGUCGUUUCGAUCGGCGAGUAAGCUAGAGCGGCACGUCCGCGGCCACACCGGCGAGCGGAAGCACGCGUGUGUGCGAUGCGGACGAGCCUUCCUGCGCCGAGACCACCUGCGCGACCACGCCGUCCGCUGCCACCCGCACGCGCUCUGCUGCGUGCACGCACAUUGCAAAGAAACCUUUUCCGACGCGAGCUCCUUGUGUCUCCAUUUAAAAGAAGUCCACGGACAGGACGCAGUUAUAGCACGAGCCGAAACGACGAAACAGACUGCGGUGGCCACGAAGCCUCGUCAAAGCGCAUUUGUGGUGAGCCUUAUACCAGAAACGGAAAAUAACGAAUCGCCUGCGGCCGUGGAGACGCUCACUUCGGAAACUGUUGCCGCCGAAGUAGAAACGGAACUUGAAGCAGAAGCGGAAGCGGAAGCAGAAGUUGAAGUGGAAACGGCGCCGGAGGAGGAAUCUGAAGAAUGGCAUGCCGCUAGAACGCACUGCACCUGGCCGCUUCCCAGACACGCUGCUUAUGUCUUAGAAGAAGACGCUAGGACUGAGCAGUCGGAGAACUCUGAAAGCAAUAUCUACACGGUCCGUAGUGAUCUAUUCCUGCACGGAAAUGUACUGAUUAACGAGGACAGCGAGUUUAUAGUAAGCAGGGAACUGUCGAGCCGCGCCGCUGAUGAGGCGGGCUCCGGAAUGGAUCUCAUAGACGCUCACCCGACCAUCGAUCUCCUGCAGGAGGAACUGAUGUACGCUGACGCCGUGGACGAAUCAUCGUUCAGGGUAUUCCUAAUGAAUGGCGAAGAUCUCUCCUAAGCACAAUGUAUUGUACGUAAGCCGAUUUCAAGGCAGUCAAACAUUUUAUUAGUUUUAAGAUUUAAAUCGUCUCGACUGACCGAACGGCCAUUUACACUGUCCGAUCUAUCUCUUAUCUGUGGUAAGUCACUAAGAUGAUACAGUAGAUG